GCACCUCCCUGCGUCCUUGUCUGGAUGAGUCCAAUACAAAUCACGUGGAGUCUCAUGAUAACCCUUCAUUGGUCUACGGUGGACCGACCAUAAAAAGCCUGUCCAUAAAGUGACGAGAGAGAUUACAUGUAGAGCAACCAGCUGAGGGUUUUUUUGAUCGGACCUGGAUUUUUGUUUGUUUUGUUUUAGAUUUCAAACAAACAUCACUAUAUUAUGAUACAAUGGAUUCAAUUAAGAAAUUGCUUCCCAAGACGUAUUUUCAAAGGAAACGGGUUGCUCAGGAGGUGUACAUUGUAGUCACUCAUUACAAAAACCUAAUGCCAGUGCUGGACAAUUAUGUAUUCAAUGACGGCAGAACAAACUACUUAAUGAGUUUAUCGGGAACCAUUCCCGUCAUGUUUAAAGACACGAGCUACAACAUCCCAGUGUGCUUAUGGCUGGAUGAGAGCUACCCCCAGACAGCCCCUAUCUGCUAUGUAAAGCCCACCAAGGACAUGGUGACGGUCAGGGGGAAACACGUGGACAGCAACGGGGAGGUGAUGCUGCCCUUUCUGCAGGAAUGGAGCCAGGAGACGUGUGACCUGGUGAGCCUUCUGCAGGUGAUUUCGGCCGUGUUUGGUGAAUCUCCGCCCGUGUGUGUCCGCCCCCCACAGGAGACUGCCCAGGAGACGGCCCAGGCCUCGUGCUCUCUCCAGUUCUACAGACAAGCAGAAGGACUUGAUGAAGACGCACAACUAUUUCUGACAACAGAAGAUGAUCAGCCUUUUCAUCAAGACAAUGAAACUAACUGUUAAAACCUACUAUAUAUUUUCCAUUAUAAAAUCAAUGUAGGCCUAUUAUACAUUUGUAAAUGUGUUUCCUUUAAUAUAGCAAUAUCCCCGCUAUUUAGUGUCACUAGCCUAUUGUUUGAUAAGUUUUGUAUUCUUUUUGAAGGUCAAUGUUUAAAUAAUUUUCUGCUGAUAUAUUCUAAAUAGACAUAGGUUAGUAUAGUAGCUAGGGUGUAUUAUACACAUACAUAUAAUGUCUAACACACAUACAUUUAUGCAUAGAUAUUUGUAUAUGGUGUAUAGCCUUUUAGCCUACCUAAUGCAGCAAUCUUUCUCUCCUUGCUUCCCUCUACUUAUCUCUAUAUAUUGAAUGCAUGCGACCAGCUUUACAUAAGUCUCAAACAUUUGUGUUUUGUUAAUCAUGAUGCUUAAUACUGUAUAUAUAUCUUUAGUGAAAAUGACUACAGUAAUCUGUCUGUCCCCAGUGAUUUACAGUUCACAAGAUGUGAUGACAAAUGUUAUUUCUGUUCCAGGCUAGUUCCUAUGUGUUUUUAUUUGGUAAUCUACGUUUUAAGAAUUGAUGAAUACAAGCUUGAGAUUGAUUAUUAAUUAAUCACAGCAAAUUGUUGUGUUUUAUAUGUGCAUGCAUGUAGGCCUAUGUCUGCAGAUAUGCUUGUAUGUAUGCAUGUGUUUAUGUUGGUGAAGGGAUAUACAGACAUUCUUUGUACAGUUUGUUGAUUGUUGUAUACCCAGCUCAAAUAAAAAGA